AUGGCUAAGGCCAUUCCAAUUGUCAUGCCUAAUACAAACCACCGACUUUGCACAUGGCAUUUGAUGCAAAACGCUGUGAAGCAUGUAAGUUGUCUUUUUGGAGAUGUGGGGGUGAAGGGUGUGUUUGCAAAAUUUAUGCAUGAAAUUGAUGAUGAAGAAGAAUUUAGAAUACGAUGGGACCAAAUGCUUGAUAGGUAUGAUGCACACAACAAUCAUUGGUUAAAGCAAACUUUUGGUGUGAAGGACAAAUGGGGAUGGCCAUAUGUUAUGAAUUCUUGGGCAGCUGGAAUGAGUACUACUCAACUAAGUGAAUCAUUCAAUGCAUUUUUGAAGGAUUAUCUCAAUUGUGAUCAUAACUUGAUGGAAUUUUUCAUGCAUUUUGAGAGGGUGCUCUAUGACAAGAGGUAUAAAGAAUUGGAAGCCGAAUAUAAUUUGUCCCAAAAAUUGCCAAGGGUUUCCAUUCCAACUUUGAUGUUAAAGCAAAUGGCAGAUAUUUACACCAAAACAAUUUUUGAGGAAUUCCAAAAUGAGUAUGUGCAGUCCAUUGAAGCAUCCAUUGUAGGCACUCUUAAUGAUGGUGAGAGUACCAUAUUCACAGUUCGAACCGUGGUAGAUGGAAACAAAGAUAAGAAUGUGAUAAUGCAUAGAAAUGGUUUUUUGAGUUGUAGUUGCAAGAAGUUUGAAAUGAAAGGCAUAGUGUGUCGACAUUGUUUGAAGGUGCUUAGAGAAAUAUUGAAUGCAAAAGACCUUCCUGCACAAUACAUCUUGAAACGAUGGACUAAGAAAGCAAGGGCUAAAAGUGUGAAGGAUAGCCGUGGGUAUGAUGUCAAAGCUGAUGUGAAACUACACCAAAGCGAUCGAUAUAGGUCAUUGAUGAAUAUGUUUAGAGCAAUAGCAAGUAGAGCCGCGGAAAGUGAAGAAACUUAUCAUUUGUCAUUUGCAAAAGGUGAAGCAUUGAGCGUAAUGGUUGAAGAGAAAUUAAGUGUGCACGCUUGUGGUGAAGUGGAGGUCACUGGUGGUUCUUUUCUUGCUUCUCAAGGUCAAUCUGAACCGUCUUCCGCCUUGGGUAGCCAUUCAAUACAGGGUGUUACCGUUUACACUCCGCAAGGUCAAUCUCGACCUCCUUUCGCCAUGGGUAGUAAUUAUGUAGAGGGUGUUUACACUCCACAAGGUCAAUCUCGACCUCUUUUUGCCAUGAGUAGUAAUUAUGUUGAGGGUGUUUAUACUCUACAAGGUCAAUCUCGACCUCCUUUUGGGAUGAGUAGUAAUUAUGUUGAGGGUGUUUAUACUCCACAAGGUCAAUCUCGACCUCCUUUUGGCAUGAGUAGUAAUUAUGUUGAGGGUCAUGGUCGUGCAAUUUAUAAUUCUCAAUCUCAAUCCCAAUCUGGACCUGAAUCCCAAUCUCAACCUCCGUUUGCCAUAGGUCGUACAUAUGAUGGAAAUAACGCGCCCCAGUCAAUGCUGCCUCAUUCAAUGCCUUUAGUAUAUCCCACUCAAACAUCGUUUCAGGAGUUGCUUCGAGGUACUAGUGCAGUCCAACUGUCGCAAGCCUCAUAUAGUCCUGCUGACAGUUAUGUGAAUGGACAUCCUUGGAAGGCUUGCACCAAACAGUGA